UGGGAAACUAUCAGGAAAAAGUAACCGAUGGAACCGAGUUAAAGACAAUCAGUGAAUGUCAUUUUCCCAUUAUAGGUAAUUCCCCCAUCACUAGAUAGGUAUAUUUGAGUUAGAUCAUUUGUUCUAUCGCGCAAACCCGUCGAAAUACUCUUGGUAAACCAGCUAUUCCUGUUUGCGAUAAAUACCAUUGAUAGCAUUAUGUCACGGCCAUCCAGCCGACCAGGCAGUACGCCGUCGAGCAGACGCGCCAGUAUAAGUCCCUGCAAGGUCACUGCCGCAAGCAUGAAAAACCGGUUCAUGCUGUACUUUCAUCCCUUGUCUUUCUACUCGCAAAAGGUUGUUUUAGCUCUGUACGAGAAAGAAAUUCCGUUCAAGAGACAUUAUGUAAACUUACUUGCUGGUCAACAAAAUGAACCCUGGUUUUUGGAAAUCAAUCCUAAAGGAAAAAUACCCGCCUUGAAAGAUGGAGACAAAGUUAUUGUUGAAUCAGACAACAUUAUUGAUUACUUAGAAUCGACUGUUCAAUCAGUUGUUACUCUUGUUCCUGAUGAGUCUUUUGAAGUUGGUCAAGAAGUAUCACGAAUAAGAAAGCUCUUAAAUUGUGUCAAAGUAGAAAUUAUUUCAUAUGGAAUUAUUAUGCAUGAAGAGCUUUCUAUAACUGGUUGUAAAUUACCGUUUUAUGUACAGAAAACAAUGAAAGAAAACUAUGGAGCCCGACUGGGAACAAUGCUUAAACUUGCAGAGAAAAAUCCAAGUUUCCGUGAUACUUAUCUUUCUAAAAGUCAGCAGACAGCUCAACGUUUUGAACAGAUUAUGGACAUUGAACAAGUAAUGCAAGAACUUGAAGAUCUUGAGGAUAUCCUUGAUGAAAUGGAAACCCUCAUCAUGUCAUCAUCAGAAGGCUCAUCAGACUACGACCAAGAGUUGUGGCUGUUUGGUUCUCGAUUCACUGCUGCAGACAUCAGUCUUAUUGUACUGCUGAACAGAUUAGUAAUGCUAGGAAUUGACAGCCGUUACUUCUCUGAAGACCGAAGGCCCUACUUACUGAAGUACCACAAACAGCAACUGGAGAGGGCUUCAGUAGGUCGCUUGUUGAAAGAAAUUGAAACCAUUAGGAAAACAAUGUAUUGGCAAUCAAUAUUAAAAAGCUCAUCUUUCAGUCGAUGGGCAACAAUAGGUUUAGGUAUUGGUUUGGGCUAUUUAAUUUAUAGGCAUAUUAAUUAAAAGGAUCCUGUUAACACCAUUUUCUGUUUUUUUAUCAAAUCAGAUAUCUACAGCUGCAUUACACAUUUCCAGAUUUCUAUGCAAAAUGUUCGUCUUUGCAUUUUGUUGAACUGAAUCGAAGGAUUUAUUCCACAUACAAAAAUUACAGACCAAGUUGAAUCUCCCAUUUUGAUUAAAACAAAACAACAAAAAAAUAGUGAAUCUUUAAUUUAACACUUACUAAAAUAAUUCUAAUUAUAAUGGAGCUUAUGUAUGUAAAUCUGUGUAUGUAGCUAAAAUACUAUCAGCCCCUUUUUUUUUUUUUACUGAACUACCUUUCUGAUGUAAUGAAAUAGAAGUAUCUCAUACCUCACUUUGCCUCUUACACCAACCACCUCUUUGAAGGAAUGAUAUGAAAGCAUAAGAGAGUUUUCUUGCAGACAUCUGGGCCUGCAUACUGUAUUGUUGCCUCACAAUAUGGUCUUGGGGUUCAACAAGAGAGAUUUUAGAUAGUCACUUGAACUGCAAGAAAUAGCAGCUAAAUCUCUCUCAAAUCAUAUCUUGGCAUCUUUAAAUUGGUAGGAUGUAUUGGACAAUGUAGUUCUUGGUAUACAAAAAGAUGGGAUCGUCAUGAAUUAAGUUUACUUUGAACCAAGAGAAUGUUUCUUUGUGGUUUCUUGAGUUGUUACAAAUAGCAACCAAAUUUCUCUUAAAGCAGACCUGACCAUCUUCAAGGAAGCGUACAUUGGGCUGAUGUAAUUUUGUAUAUAUAUAAAAAAAGACAAUAUAUGUAUUACAUAAAUAGGGAUAAACACUGAAGGGCGGUGUUUCUCGAAUAUUUAAAAAAUAUCUGCAGUAAAUGAAGUGGUUGCAAUGAAUAUAAUUAACAACCUGAGACAUAAUUACCGUUGUAUGUGGAAAGAUUUCAGGUUUUCACAGUAAAAAGUUUCAAUUGCACUUUAUUGUAUUCAUACAAAAUAUUGUAGCAACACCCAAAAUUAGUGCAUUUUAUAUAUGACAAUUAACAAGUAAACUUGUAUACUAUGAAGUUAAGAAAGACAAGACACAGUCUUUCUUGUUCAAAAGUAUUAUUAGAAUAUAUUACACUUCAUUAUUAUAUUCUUUCAAAAUGUUUCCUAAUUGGAAGCAUCUCAGAUCACCACUUCUCUAUUUUAAUGGAUCAGAAGUAAAUAUUUACAAAUUUUCUAUAACAUUUUUAUGGAUGGUCAUGACAUAUUUGCAGAUAUGUGUCUAGACUCCAAUGUUUUGGCUGUGGUCAUUCUAAGGUACCAAAAAUGUUCUUUAAUUAAUUUACACUAACUUGUAUAUGAAUAACAAAGCAAAAACAACAAUAAUACCUUACACAGGUCACCCAAUAACUCAGUAACCAUUUGUAAUUGUAUUACAUUUGUGGAUGACCUUUUUAUAUUUAUCUGCUGUGAAGCUACACCUGGAAGAUCUUGACACUUAAUUUGUUUUUUUUACUUAGUUGCUCUUAAAUCCUUUUAGAGGAGAGGAGUUUAGUUGAGUAAAUUAAUUCAGUAAGACUACUAAUGGUACCUGCUGAUUCUAAAGAGAUUUGAACACUGAAUCAUAAAUUAAAGGGUUACCUUGCAGUAGUUUUAGUUAGUUGUAAGCCUCUGUUGAACUUUUAAUCAUGCUCAAUAUAAAAUUUUU